AUCAAGACAUUCGUAUGUGGGGAAGUUGCAAUUGCCGCAGAACAAUAGAAGGUUGCCUGCUUUUUGCGCGCAUUGUUACUUAACAAAUCUGUUCUUGUUCUUAUGGCAAAGAUUUUYGCACUGAAGGUUUUCGCAGUCCAGGUGUUUCAGUCCUGUCCGGCAUAUAUUUUACAAUCUGAGAAUAUUCCAGAGAAUAUCCAGGCGUUCUGGUAAAUUAUGAUAAAAUUUUCAUAAAAUUAUCUUUUGUAAAUUUUAUUUAUGUGUGGAAAUAAAUAUKUUAUUAUAUAGUGGUCCAGAUCGUUUUUGGAGUUCCUUCAGGUCAAUACCUACUUUCUUUUGCAUUGCAAAARUCGGCACUUAUGGCAAAGAUUUUCGCACUGAAGGUUUUCGCAGWCCAGGUGUUUCAGUCCAGUCCGGCAKGURUUUUACAAUCUGASAAUAUUCCAGAGAAUCCAGGCGUUCUGGUAAAUUAUGAUAUUCAAAUGUCGUUCUAGGUAUCCUAGAGAAAGAGAAGGGCUGAGGGGAAAAAAGCAAUGCUAACUUUAAACCAUCACUGAAUAGCUGUAACACUAAACUACAGGGAACAUAAGAUCGAUAAUAUGUGUUUUGUGAUCUAUUAUUUUCCCUACAGUGGUCUACAGUCUCUCGAGGUCUUUAUAAGCAUUGCACAAUAGCCUAUCUCAUUAAAAAUGAAGUAUAUAUUUGGUAUUCAAAUGAUCACCGCAUGGGACUCCGACAUUGGGAUUACGACAUURCCAGGAACCAGAGAAAGAUACGAAAACGAGAAAAUGGAGAUUGAAUGGAACUCCUUGCUGAUCACAUUGAUAUUACCAAUUCUUUACCUAGCAUUCACURCAUUGAAAAAGAUUCUUCUUCCAAAGCCUAGAGUGUCCUCACUCGAUAAGAAAUACAUUCUCAUUACUGGCUGCGACAGCGGAUUUGGUAAAAGUACAGCCGUACGUUUGGAUCGACUAGGACUCAAUGUAUUUGCCACAUGCUUAACAAAAGAAGGGAAAGAAAACUUAGAGCGUCUCUGCAGCAGAAGACUUACUGURAUCAUUAUGGAUGUUACAGAUUCUGCACAAAUUCGUAAUUGUCUUCAGAUCGUCCAGAAGAAAAUUCCUCCAAAUGAAGGUCUCUGGGCAUUAAUAAAUAAUGCUGGAUGUAUGACGUUUGGGCCACUGGAGUGGUUUAGUUUAGAUGAUUACAAGAAAAUGGCCGAUGUAAAUCUCUGGGGCUUGAUUGACAUGACAAAACACUUUCUCCCUUUGAUCAAAAAGGCGAAGGGAAGAGUUGUGAACUUCUCUAGCAUUGCAGGUAAGCUGUCGAAAGUUCUGGGCCUUUCUUCGUGUCCCAAAAUCUAUUGCAUUCUGCGUUUCGUUGUAUUGUAUUUUCCUCUGUUAUCAUGAUUGGCGUUGUUUCGGUACUCGAAGUAUAAGCCAAAGUUCAAAAUUGAUUUUUUUCCACAAUGAAAACGUAGCCUGUGUUAAAACCGGAAUUUCUCCGGAAGUAACACAGGCUACGAAAACCUAAUGGAAAGACAAUAAGCUGACGUUCGUUAGAUCCCGAAGUUUAGUCUUGUUUCCGGAUUUUCUUUUAUGCGAACCUGAGUGGAUCAA